UUGCCUGCAAUCUCCUCACUCGUCUUCAUAAUCCUGUCUCCUGCGCCCCGGGCCUCCUACUGCUGCUCAUUUGCCAAUUGCACUGUGACUCGACGUUCCUCACUCGUCUUCAUAAUCCUGCUACCGUGCAUGCUCUGGAUUGAGGUCUGUUGGGACGAGCCUCCAUUUCGGGCAGCCUGCCCCGAUUGCCGACCCCUCAUGACUAUAGCGUUCUUCUUCUACCAUAGGCUUCCUCUUCCACCACAGCCUUCUUCUUCCUCCGUGUCAUGGUCAUCCUUGUCGCCGUCACUGUGCAUUUUGCGGUCUUGUUCUGCUGCCACGUAGGCUGUGCUCGUGUCCCCCAAUGUCCGCCGCCAUCGCCAUCUUUGCUCUUGGGGUGAAGAAUCAUAUAGCGCGCAGUCAAUUCUAGGUCCUGGAACGAAAGGCAGAAAGAAGAAGAGUGUGGCGUUGCUGUGAAGAUGAGAGGAGGAGGUCGUUCCACGCCGUUGGCGUUGACACGUGGAAUACAGCUGCUGCUUCUGUCAUUGACACUGUUAUGCCUGGGAGUAUCCGCUCCCACCGGCGCCGGUUCCCGCUCAGCCCGGAUGACGCAGGAGGCUCUUCUUCGCGCAGCCAUGGCGCGGAAGACGAAGACGGUCCUGCGACUGACUGGCGAUGUCCACCUGACACGUGACUUGGAAUCGAUGACGUGUCCUGAUUUGACGGUCAUUGGCAGCUGCAAGACGGGAUCUGGCCGUCGCAGAAGAUGCACGAUCGAUGGCCGAAAGCGGUUCAGUGGAUUCGCCAGUAGCGGUCAGAACCUUACUCUGGACAAUCUGGAGCUCACGGGUUUCGUCGGGACCUCGACGCGCCGCCUGUAUAUCCUUGAAAGUUACGUAGCCGUCAUCACCAUCUCCAACUGCCUUGUUUCCGGUAAUGUCAAUCUCGCUGGCAUGGAUGUCUCAGGCCUCAUCAGCCUCGUGGCCGCUCAGGAUGUCAUAAUCAAGAACUCUCAGUUCGUUAGUAACAAAGGGAAGAUGAUUUCUCUCAUGUACACCGGUCUGACAGCCACCAAUGUCCUCUUCCGAUCGAACGAAGGAGGACCGUUGAUUAGCCAUUACAGGGCGUCAGUAACGUGCGUUGGAUGCAGAUUCGAGGGGAAUAAGGCGGCCGAGGGGGCGGCAGUUCUCGUGGCUGAUUACGGAUACGUCCUCUUCUCUCGCUCGUCGUUUGUCGGCAAUUCCCUGACGAGGGUGGGAGCGAGAGGAGGCGCAGUCAACGUCUUCGGAGCAGCGGGACUGGACACUAGAUUCUGCAACUGCUUCUUCAGAGGGAACACCAUAGCUCUGCCAAGAGGGAAGAAGAUGACGGAACACGUGUACAUCGAUCCCACCGGCUAUCCUCAUGUGUAUUUUUGCAAGAAGAGACCGGCGAUUGGAAUCAACGGUAAUCUUUCCCGUGCCAUAGAUUCCUGCGAGGGUUGUCCUGCCUAAGUGAGGACGUGUUCACAGUGUCACUAGGUAGGACCCUUUUCUGUGCAUUUCUGGUCCUGAGAUGUAUACGGAUCCAGUCAUAAUUGCGGUCAGGUCAUAUACAUUUACGGAAGUGGUAGUGUGAGUAUGGCCUUACUUCCAGGAUACGUGGAUGUAUUCACACAAAGUAGGACCUUUUCUGCGCGUUUCUGGUUGUGAUUGCAGUCAGAUGCAUCCGAAUUCA